AGGGUGCUCAGCACAGGGUCCAACAAGCCGGACGCCGAGGAGAGGCGGGCACCACGCGGAAGCGUUUCUGUGCAGCUCUUCAAGUGUUACCGUGGCUCUUCGGCAGCUUUGUCAGCCGCACGAGAUCUGGUGAGUUGUUUUAAGUGACGCGGUUGUAUGAACCCGCCAUUGCGGAGCUGCCCUUGGCCACCUGGCCCCCUCUGUGGGGACAAGGAGCAGAGGCGGCCGCGGGCCAUGGGUGAGGGUGCUGGUGCCCAAUGGGCUGUCCCCGCGGCUGCCCCGUCCAUCCCCAGCCAGGAUCAAGCCUCCAGGCAGCCGUGCUUCACCUCCCUCACAGACUCCCAGUGUCAGGGGUUGAAGGGCCCUGGAAAGCUCAUGCAGUGCAAUCCCCCCAUGGAGCAGGAACACCCAGAUGAGGUUACACAGGAAGGUGUCCAGGCGGGUUGGAAUGUCUGCACAGAAGGAGACUCCACAACCUCCCUGGGCAGCCUGGGCCAGGCUCUGCCACCCUCACUGGGAAGAAGCUUCUUCUCAAAUCUAAAUGGAGCCUCCUGUGUUCCAGUUUGUGCCCACUGCGCCUUGUCCUGUCACUGGUUGUCACCCAGAAGAGCCUGGCUCCAUCCUCCUGACACUCCCCCUUUCCAUAUUGAUCACCACUAAUAAGGUUUCCCCCCUCAGUCUCCUCCAAGUUCCAGAGCCCCAGCUCCCUCAGCCUUUCCUCCCUCCUCCUCCUCACACCUCCACGAAGGCAACCCGAUUUGUGCAAGGGCGUGGAGGAAGUUUCCCGAGUCCCCUGGGCAUAAGCACAACGUGUGGGGUCCCAUAUCGGGACAGGGUCAUGUCGGGGGAGCCGCCGCUCCCGUCUCCCCGCCCCCGCGCAGCUCGGCCCCGGGCGAGGCGGAGGGAGGCCCUGAGGGGCCGCCGCCCGCCCCUCGCCCGCCCCUUUCCCCGCCUCCUCCCCGCCACACGCCGGCUGCCUCCGGCCGGGCUCGGCGCGGCGCAGCGAGGGGCUCCCGCCGAGCCGCCGCGGGGCCUCCCGCGGGACCUCCCGCCGCCUCCCCCGGCCCGUCGAGCCCAUGGCGGCUAUCCAGAACCUGCAGCUGUGGUGCAAGCAGCAGUGUGAGGGCUACCGCGAUGUCAGCAUCACCAACAUGACCACCUCCUUCCGCGACGGCCUCGCCUUCUGCGCCAUCCUGCACCGCCACCGGCCCGACCUCAUAAACUUCGACUCCCUCAGUAAAGAAAAUGUGUAUGAGAACAACAAGUUGGCAUUCCGAGUGGCGGAGCAGGAGCUGGGGAUCCCAGCCUUGCUGGAUGCAGAGGAUAUGGUUGCUCUGAGGGUACCAGACAGGCUGAGCAUCCUCACCUAUGUUUCUCAGUAUUACAACUACUUCCAUGGACGGUCUCCUAUUGGAGGCAUGGCUGGAAUCAAACGUCCUUCCUCCGAACCUCAGGAGCAGCCUCUUGGGAAGAAAACUAUUUCGGAACCUCCUAAGCCGGUGCCACCAAAACUGCCUCCUGCCCACCCACCGGCCAGAGCUAAGCCAAAAGAAACCACUCCAGCCACCACAAAAGGGGUCCUAGCAGAGACCGGGAAUAUCCCCAGCAGCAGCUGCGGGGUCUGCGGGAACCACGUGCACCUGGUGCAGCGCUACUUGGUUGACGGGAAGCUCUACCACAGGAACUGCUUCAGGUGCAGGCAGUGUUGGAAUGUGCUUCUUCCUGGAAGCUACAAAGCUGGGCCUGAGCCCGGUACGUUCAUCUGUACCAGCCACCAGCAACCAGACAAUGUCCAGAUCUCUGGUCUCCGCAGCGCUGGGAACAAACCUGAGAGUACCCCAGCCCCUACUGCUGCCAGGGCAUUCCAGAAAGUGGCAGAACCCAAGAAACCAGAGCAGGUGUUGAAGAAACCCAGCCAGGAGAGCCCUGCUAGUUCAACCAAGUCAUCUGUUUCAUCUUCCGGAAGCUCUGGCUUCAGAAGUGUGAAUACUCCAUGGUCCUCUUCAGUGGUAAAUAAAUCAGAUGACUGCAAAGGAACCCCGUUGGGAAAUAAAACGGGUCACCAUGAAGGUACCUCAUCAGGGCCUCUUCGGACAACCUCCGCAACAAAAACACAGCAAGCCCGAGAAGAUUUUUUUCGGUCAUUAGAAUCCUCCAGCAAUAAAUCCUCUGACACUAAGAACCAAGAUCCUCCUCCUUCUUCUAAUGGCCCUGGUAAAACUGCUUCUGCCAGGGCCACUAUUGAGGUUGGUUCAGCGACUGCUGAGAAGGACCAGGCACGUAACCGUAUCAUACAGGCUCUGGCUGGAUCAAACCACUCUCUGAACAGGCCAAGAGGAUUCAGUUCCACUGGCUCCUCAACGUCCAGCAGUGACAAGCUUCCUCCCACCAGUUCUCAGUGGCAGAGUCCAGCUCCAAAAGCGCCGUCCAGUAAAACAGGGAACACAGCACUAAAACAGGAGAAGGUGACAGACCCUCUGCCCAAGAGCCCGGCUGCCAGCAAACCUGGUGACUCUGUGCACAAGCCAGAGUCGAAAGGCGUCAAAGGAAGCAUGAAUGUUGGUGAAGACAAGACUGAGAGCCCAGCAGAGUGGAGAUCUCGGUUGAAACCUGUAGCCAACAAAGACCAAGGUGGCUCUAAGAAACCUACUGAUAACUCCCAGGUGGGAACAGGCAGCCCAGCACACAAGGAGACAAAGCCAAGUCCGUUAGUUGUCCCAUCAGCAAAGCAGGACUCUGCUUCAUCUGGUGGAUUCAUGAAGAAGAAGUUGAUCCCCAGCUCAGAUCUUAUCAGGAGCUGUCAGAAUUCACAGCAAGGCUGGGAAGACCCUGGGGGCUCAGCCAAGAAGGAGGAAGAGGGCAACCAGUUGAAGAAAAGCACUACCACAUUCAAACCCUCUGUUCCGAAAAGCAUCCAGAGCCCCGAAGCAGUGUCACCAACCAAGCUACACCCAGACUACCUCCCCGAGGAGCAAAUCCAGGAGAAGGUGCGUGACAUCGAGAAGCAGCUGGAUGAACUGGAAUUAAAAGGAGUGGAUCUGGAGAAGCAGCUGCGUGGCUGCGAGGGAGAUGAGUCUGAGGAUGCCCUCAUGGUGGAUUGGUUCAAACUGAUCCAUGAGAAACAGCUGUUGCUCAGACAGGAGUCGGAGUUGAUGUACAAGAUGAAGCAGCAGAAGCUGGAGGAGCAGCAGUGGAACAUUGAGACAGAGCUGCGACACCUCAUGAGCAAACCAGAGGAACUGAAGACACCCAGGGAGAAGGAGCGAGAGAAGGAGCUGCUGGAGUCGUACCUGAACACGGUCAAUGAUCGGAAUAGUAUUGUGGAGUGCCUGGAUGAGGACAGGCUCAGAGAGCAAGAGGAGGACCAGAUGUUGGCAGACAUGAUCCAGAGGUUGGAUGGAUCUCGAGAGAGCCAGGAGACAGAGAAGAAGAAGACCAAGUUCCGCUUGUCCAAAAUAUGGAAGCAGAAGAAAUAAGAGUAAAGCUCAGGAGUGAUGUUUGCACAGAGGCCAAGGGAGGGCUGUCAAAGGUAUGUUCCUUCCUCACUGCUGCUUUCCUGGAGUCGUGCCGGACUGUCAUGAGGCUUCUCUGCUCCCUGCCAUGGAGGCUGCAGGUUUGUGGACCAAAGGGACAGUGUGAAUCCCCUCUGGCCCUGCUGUGGGGCCCCAGGAUACCUUUUCCAGAAGAUGGACUUUUGAGACUGUUUUACUUCUUUGGAUCUAGCUCAGAGCUGGCUCCAGCCUCGUUGGCAGCUCAGGAGGGCAGAUCUCCAUUUGCCCAGUCACUGCUUGAGUCAUUAGAGUCCGGAACGAGCCUGGCACUGUGUGUCACCCCACGGUGCCCCACUCCUGUCGGCCAGGGCUCAGCAAGGACACUGCGCUGCUCUGCGAAAGGGCUGUUCUCCCUCCCUUCCUUCCCCCAGCAUGUGCUGUGGCUCUUUGACCAGAAUCAGAGAUGCAGAGAGGGAGGUGCUAUGGGGCAAGAGAUGUUGAAGAUCUUAUUACUCCAGUGCAAACUGGAGCUGUGGGCCGCACAGGCCGAGGGAGGCAGAGAGCAGAACCACCUCUGAUCUAUGGGGUGGAAUGGCCUAGACCAGAGCGGUUCCAGCAAUAGUGCUCUGUUUCCAGACCUCCUUUGGGGAGUUGCUGUAGGCUGGUUUCUCAAAGCCAUGAGAGGUUGCUCACUGCUUUAUUCCCUCUAUGGGGGACAUUUGUAGCUUCCUUCUUUUUUCUGACUGCACAGUGAAGCAGGGUUUUCAUUGUCUGUGGCCCAUUCUACUGAAAACAGACAGGAGUUUUGUUUUAACGACCUGGUGCUAACUGGGAGCAGAAGGGCAUUAACAGGUUUGCCUCACCCAUGAGUCUUCUGCGUGGGACUGAUAUUUCAGUUCCUGAGUCUCUGUCCCUCACAGCUGGCAUCCUCAAGGGUGCUGCAAUUCUCCUUGGUGAGAGUACCAGCAGGUCCUGUUGGCAGCGAGUCCUUCUUUUCCCAGUCAGCCUGGGGAGCAGGGAUGGAGACAGGCAGGGAAAGAUCGGAUUCGUUUGUGAUGCCUCUGGCUCUGGUAUGUGCGGGCUUCCCUCCUCCCUUCAAACCGGGUGCUUUGAGGUUUCUCUGCGUCCUGUUCUCCAGAAGGACCUGGGAUUUUGCAGCUUGCUGCACGCUGUGCCUGGUGGCAAAGCAGAGGCGAUGCGUCCCUUACCCACGAGGUGGCAGUGGGACUCUCUGUCCCAGGCAGCCGCCCUGGGCACCGCAGGGGUGUGCGUCAUGAGGUACCAAGCGCCCGAGGGGGUUCCUGGUGCCUCCCGGGUGUGCCGUGUGUGUGCAUGUGGUGGGACACCCUGUACCUGCAUACGCUUUUGUCCAAUAAAGAAUUGCUGGACCAAA